AGACCCGGUCCAUGCGGCGGUCUCGGACUCCGGCCUGGAGGCCUCUGCUUUGAUCAGUGUCCCCGCACUUCCACUGCCCACUGACCAGAGUGGUCUCCUUUGGGAACCAAGGGAAAGCUCUUCUUCCUGCUUGGCUUCUACCUUUAACCCGUGGGAAUAUCCCCUGAUACAUCGAAACUACAAUCCAGACCCAAGAGAGCAAGGCCAAGAAAAAGUGCUCAGUUCUUCAAGAUAUACAGUGGGAAGAAAAAUCAGGAAACAUGAAGCUCUAGAGCAGGAAAAGAUUUUGGAAAUCAUCCAGUUCAAUCAGCUGUUCUUAUGUCAAGAUGGGGUUUAUAUUUUCAAAAUCUAUGAAUGAGAACAUGAAAAGCCAGCAGGAGUUCAUGCUUAUGAAUGCCCGACUUCAGCUGGAAAGGCAGCUAAUGAUGCAGAAUGAAAUGAGAGAAAGACAAAUGGCUAUGCAGAUUGCUUGGUCUCGGGAAUUCCUCAAAUAUUUUGGAACUUUUUUUGGCAUUGCAGCCGUCUCUUUAACAGCUGGAGCAAUUAAAAAGAAGAAGCCUGCCUUCCUCUUCCCUAUCGUUCCAUUAGGCUUUGUCCUUACCUACCAGUAUGACAUGGGCUACGGGACCCUUAUACAAAGAAUGAAAGGUGAAGCCGAGAACAUACUGGAAACAGAAAAGAGUAAGUUGCAGCUGCCAAAAGGAAUGAUCACUUUUGAAAACCUUGAAAAAGCAAGAAGGGAACAGACUAAAUUCUUCAUAGACAAAUGAAAUCAUGUUUACCCACCAAAUCUCAAAAUACAGAAUUGUUGACUUGAAUCAUGGCCUUUACAAUUUUUUAAAUGCUUGAGAUUUUGAUAUAAUGGUUUUUAUUUUAAAAUAAUAAAAUUUAAGAUGAACUUUAUUAAAUUAUUUUAAAAUAAAAUGUAUAACAUUCAACACAAAAUCAUGGAGGUACUCUAAAUAACUUUCAGAUUUCCUCUGUAUGUGU